CACACAGCCGCAGGAGCGUGACUGCACGUUUAACUGCGCCUUCGGUGUUUUCGGUUAGCUGUCGCCAAGGAGUUUUUCCCCUUGAAAAUCUGUUAGUGUUUAAGAUGGGUGAUGAUGAAGAGAAGUACGAUGGGAUGCUACUUGUUAUGGCACAACAACACGAAGGUGGAGUACAAGAGCUGGUAAACACCUUCUUCAGCUUUCUCCGACGCAAAACAGACUUCUUCACUGGCGGGGAAACUGGGGCCCCAGAGAAGUUGGUGAAGGAGGCCUUUGCUCACCACAGCCAGUUGGCCCUCAAGGCACACAGGGAGAAGCUCUCCCGGCAGGAAAAGGAGAAGCGGGAGAAGACAGAGAGGGCAGCCAGGCUGGCUGAGGAAGAGGAGGAGAGGAGGAGGAAGAAGGCCAGCAAAGAAGAGGAAGAGCCAAGGAUCAAGGAGCUGACAGACGAGGAGGCUGAGAGGCUGCAAUCAGAGAUUGACCAGAAGCAUGCAGACAAAAAGGAGGAGCUUCCGAAGAGCAGCACAGAGAAUUCAGGAGCUGAGGGGGACAAAGCGUCCGAUUCAGAGGGCGAAGAGGACGAGAAGGACAAGGGGAAGCUGAAGCCUAACGCUGGCAAUGGGGCCGACCUUCCCAACUACAGGUGGACGCAGACCCUGUCAGAAGUGGACCUGCUGGUGCCCUUCGACGUGAAGUUCCGCCUGAAGGGGAAGGAUGUGGUGGUGGACGUACAGAGGCGGAGUCUGAAGGUGGGGCUUAAGGGGCACCCGCCCGUGAUCGACGGGCAGCUGUACAACGAGGUGAAGGUGGAGGAGAGCUCUUGGCUCAUCGAGGAUGGCAAGGUGGUCACCGUCCACCUGGAGAAGAUAAACAAAAUGGAGUGGUGGAAUAAGAUGGUGACCACGGACCCUGAAAUUAACACUAAGAAAAUCUGCCCAGAGAACUCCAAGCUCUCGGACCUGGAUGGAGAGACCCGCAGCAUGGUGGAGAAGAUGAUGUAUGAUCAGAGGCAGAAGUCCAUGGGCCUACCCACCUCCGAGGAGCAGAAGAAACAGGACAUUCUCAAAAAGUUCAUGGCUCAGCACCCGGAGAUGGACUUCUCCAAAGCCAAGUUCAGCUGAGAGGAGCCUGAAGGGUUCCUCAGAGAGAGCUGCCUUCGAACCCGGACCCCUCCAAGCUGCAGGCGUGGAGCGCAGCAUCGCCACUUCCGUCUGGAGAGCAGGAGCUGGCAUUGCCCUUGUCUCUUUGUUCUUGUUGUUAAAGAUAUUAAAUGUUAAGUCUCACUCUGCACCCUGUUGCACCUGUUCAGUGUGUUAGGAAUAUUUAAGGAGAAGAGUUUGGCUUUUUUUUUUUUAAAUAAACAAAUUCAA